CUCCCACCAUUCCCACCCGUCGAUCCUCAUUCAAUAAACCCCAUCCCAACAUGGACACCACUCCCAUCACAUCAGGCUGCGGGCUCUGUGGUGCAGCACAAUGCCCCAUCCGCUGCGACAGUUGCCAGGUAAUCACUUACUGCAGCCAGGAACACAAAGCAGCCCAUAACCCAACGCAUCUGGGAAUCUGUCUUGACAUCAAAAGUCAGCGCACCAACGUGACAUGGACAGAGAGCCGGCUGCCCUUCAAUACCAAGUUCGUUCUGCAUCCAUGCCAAAAGCUCAGAAGGUUUCCUCCCGGACGCCUUGGGCGCCGUCUCGCAUCAAACGGAUUAUCCUGGCAAGACGACAAUGAAAAGGCCUACGUGCAAUCGCGUCUUGAUCUGGGGCAGGCACUAUCUGGCGUCCGGACCAGAGAGUCCCUGCAAGCCCAAUUGACCCAUGUCAUGGAUGUUUUAAAAAUGUCAGACUCUGCCCCAAGAUUUCUACGCAUUCUUGCUCCAGUGCUGAUGCUCCGUCUGGACCAGGACCAGAACUGCUACAGUUUUCUAAAGUGGUGGGCGCGGGCGAAGGAGGCCAGGAGUAAAAAGGUGACCACGCACUACAACGACCCGGGGUUAUGGUUUCAGGCCAUCAACUUGGCAGAUUUCUUCGAGCCUGUUGAUUUUGUUCACGAUCUUGCUCACACUAUUAUCAUGACCCUUUUCAAGAUCAAAAUCCUCCUGGGUAUCCGGAAUCUGGAUACAUUGGCAUCGAUAUCUGUUGAAGAAGAUUCGGAAACAUUCCUCAGAGGCGCUGCGCGGACUGCCAUCGUUUCUGACAGGUGCAAGCUCAUGAUGGAUGGUAGCAAGCGCCAGGAGAUGAUUGAUGUCUUGCUGAUGCAGGUGGAAAAGCUUUAUGAUGGUGUGGCGAAGAAGAAUGGUUGUUAUUGGUCUGCUCUUGUGAGUGCGGAAGGUUCUUUGGAGUGGAAGCCGGAUAUGAAGAAGCAUGGUUUCCUUGAGGAUAUGCAAGAUAUUCUGGGCUAUACUCACGAUGCUUGGAGGGAGACUCCGGGUGCAAUUGACUUUAUCAGAGAUAAAGUCCAGAAGGAGGUUCAGCAGAAGGUUCAGGUAAACGCUGGGGGACAAGCUCAAGCUCAUGUUCAGGACCGGGGUCAGGACCAGGUUGAGGGCCAGGUUGAUGACCAGGUUGAGGACCAGACUCAGGAGGCUCGGGAGCAGAUUGAGGGCCACAUCAAGGGUUAAAUUCAGGAUGGAUCAUGUCAAGUGUUCGG